AUGCCUUUCCUGGUCGAAAAUGCCUUUCCUGGUCACCUGUUUCCUUCCCCUGCUCUCACUGGCACAACCCCACCACUUGCCCUUCUCUUAUUUUUCCUCUCCCCCAAGCCUGCAUGGUCGGCGUUCCGCCAGGCAGCAUAUGGGUUUGGGGUGCUGUCAGUGGGAGGGGGCGCCAACAAGGGCGAGGCGGUGUGGAGGUGGAGGAGGAACAGCGAUGCAGUGGGGGUGGUGGCAGAUCAGCCGCACCGGGUGUGGCAGCUGCAAGGGUGGGGUAGUGUGGAGGUGGAGGAGGUGGAGUAA